AUGCCGUUCGAAGAGUGCACGAUCACACUUCAGGACGUGGCAUACCAGUUGGGGUUGCCAGUGGACAGGCGUUAUGUCAGCGGCUGCCUUUCAGAUUUCCAGAUAUACAUCCAGGGUGGCCGUCCAGCUUGGGUUCAGAAGUACGCAGUAAACUGCAGCUGGUUCCAGGAGACUUUUGGAGAGUGCCCCGAGGGAGCCGAUGAGGAGACUGUGCGGCGAUUUGCUCGUGCCUACAUCAUGAUGUUGUUAGGCACGCAGCUGUUUGCCGACAAGUCCGGUAGGCUUGAUGAGAUGGGUACCUACAGCUGGGGGUCUGCAGCACUGGCAUGGUUGUACUGGUGUAUGUGCCGAGUGGCGAACAGACAUGUGGUCAAGUGGUCAGGUUACAACCCUUUCGGUAGCGAGAAGGGUCCUAGAGUGCAGAUGUGGAGGCUGAUGAUAGACAUGUUACAGGACAGGGAGUUUAUCUGGAUGCCGUAUAGUAGCCCCGAGGUACUUCAGGUUGUGCAUCCAGAGGCUUUGGAGCCUCGGCAUACGGCGUUGUGGCGGUCUGUGACGUCACUGAUAUACUUUGCCAUCAUAGAGUGGCAUUUAGGAGCACCUUGA